UUUCAUAUCCUAAACCUUGAUAGAAUGCUCCUUUGCUGUCUUAGUUUCAUAUUCUGCUCACUUUUUCACUCUUCUUUUACUCUCAAGUCUCAAUACCCAACUCUCUGUCCUUGUUUUUCCACUACUCACUUGUCUGCAGGCUUUUUCUUUGUAGUGCUUGUGUAAUGCCAAAUCAAAUAUUAUAGUUGCUCGGACUCUCUCUCUCUUUUGCAUUUUUUUCGAUUCGGUCCUAUUCCAUUAUACAGUAUCAAAAUAAAAACAGAAGUUUAUGAGCAUCUAGUUCAAUUUCAUGGUCAUAGGAGCUAAGGAAGCAAAGUUACAGGAUCAAUUUGUAACAGUAGUUGAGGCACCAACUACAGUGAGGGAACCAAAUCACUAUUCACUUCGAUCAAUCGAAACUCUGAUUGUAGCGCUGGCUGUGAUCACUAUCAUAGGUUUUACUGCAGGGAUCAUUGCUCGGCUAUUUGGUGGAAGGCAUUUUGGUGGAAAUGGGGAGAAUGACAUAGAAGGAUGGAUAGAAAAGAAGUGUAGAAGUUGCAUUGAAGGUGGAAUCCCUGCUGCAGCUCCACCUCGCCCAGAAGAAUCAAAGCCAGCAACAGAAGAGAAAAAGAAAUGAAGAUGCGCACGUAUAUGAAAUGCUUUGAUGCAAAUUUAAGCGAUUAUUGAUUAGUUCAAAUCGUAUGUCGUGGAGAUACUGUAGUGGGAACAUUAUAACAGCUCAUUAACUGAUGAUUAUGCUACAGCUCUGAAUGU